UUUAUUCCUCUGCAGAUCAGAAACCGAGACUAAGCGUCAGUCAUGAUGGUCAGUUUGAUGAAUUCAGAUUUGUGUGUGAAAUAUCAGGGUCAGAGUCAGUAACUGCUGAUUUUAGCUGUAAUCUCUACACUGGAGAAAAUCCUCAGCCUUAUGUAAAGACAGGACCUCAGAUGGCAGUUUGUAGAUUUACAGCAAAGAAAAAUGAUCUGUUUAAUCGUCUGCAGUCAGUAAAGAGUCGUGAAGUGAGCUGUGAUUAUUCACUGAUCUCUGACCCGACUGCUCGCUCUCUAAUGAGUGAUAAAUACAACAUGAUGCAUUUCUUUACAACAACAUCAACAACAACAACAACAACAACAACAACGACUCAGACAUCCACUCCUGAAGAGAAACCCAGUGCAGAUUUGAGUCUGGUAACGACGCCACCAUCCACAGCUACGGAGGAACCUACAGCAGCUUCUCCAGUUUUUUCAACUCCUCUGAUCACCACAAGACACACAGCGACUCGUAAGUUUACUGUGUAGUAGGUCUUACUAUGAAACUAGAAACACUUUAAAACACCAGACACACACCUUUAAAACAGUUCCUGCUGUAACAGUUAAUGCAUUCGACUUGUUAUAUGCUGUAGUGUAUAUUGCUGGAGUGAACUUUGUGCAGUUUUAC